AUGGCGGAUUCGCAGGCGAAGUCGUCGGGGAUGAGUCCCGGAGGCGUAGGAGGAGGGAGCCACGAGAGCGGCGGAGAUCAGAGCCCGAGGUCGUUGAAUGUUCGUGAGCAGGAUAGGUUUCUCCCGAUUGCUAACAUAAGCAGAAUCAUGAAGAGGGGUUUACCUGCUAACGGCAAGAUUGCUAAAGACGCUAAAGAGACGAUGCAGGAAUGUGUCUCUGAGUUUAUUAGCUUCAUCACUAGCGAGAUUUUUGAAGCCAUGGAAGCUGAGCUAAGAAGAGUGAAGGUUCAGUGUGAGCAAUGGAGGAAAGCUGCUGAGACGGCAGCUUCUAUACUGAACAAUGAGGAAGAGAGAAUGGAUUCUGUUGAGAAUGGUAAAAUGUUGAAGAAGUUUGGUGUGUUACUCAAGAAAAACCACAAGUAAUAAUGAUUCUUUUUGGUUCUAUUUUAAGAGGUUGAAAAAUUGGCAUUGCUAUUGUUUGUAAAUUUGUAAACUUCGAUUUGAUUUCUAAAAGUUUAUUUUCUCUUCUUCUUGUAAGUGUUGCCACUUUUGGUGUUGAAAACUUUAUUGUGAAGUGAUAUUUUGCAUUCAAGAAAUUUA